AGUUUCCUGUGAUUCUUCGUUGGCGGCGGACGCGCUGGUCGGCAUCGUCAAGAUUUCCCACAGAUCUCGAAGAGACGUUGCGUAUUGAGAAAAUUGCCUUUGCUUCGAGCGCCUCGACCGGAGUAGAUUGCCAUUGUGUCGCGGAUGGAGCUUGGGCGUUGAGGGGAAACCAAACAAGUGCCGGAACGUGCUCGAGUGGUACCUCCAUCCUUGUGGUUUUUGCCGGUCCAGAAAACUUUUCGACUUUCCACGCUCUUGUUUAAUGCCCAGCCAUAAUAUUUAACUGGCUGGGAGUGAGAGUUAAAACUUAACUGCCAGCAAAUAAACUUGAAAUUAAAUCAAUUUGCCCAAGGAGCGCGAUCCCCAAGUGAGCGAAUCCAGCAGAACCGUCAAUUAGCAAUGAGCGUGUUGUUCAAACGGGCCCUGUGAAUGGCCAAGAGCUUUGGUGUGGUUUUGGCCAAACGGGUAAGGAGCCCAGUUCCGCCGGCGACGGAAAUGGCUGCUUAAGUGGUGCGCAUCCGGCAGAGUCGAACCGAACCGGAACCGCAGCCGGAACCACCGGAAUAGCUAUAGCAACAACCCAGCUGAGACGCAGAGCACUCUCCACAUUAGAACGCAACAAAUAAAGCGAAAAAAGAUAAGGAUAAUGGCCAAUCUGAGCUGGAUGGCCACCACGCAACUACCAUCGGUGGUAACAACGGCCAACCUGAGCCUGACCACUCCGGGCAGCACGAGCGCCAGUUUGGCGGACGUGGCAUCCGCCUCCAUGGACGAGGACCGGACCGGCGGCAUCAUCCACAAUCAGUUCGUUCAGAUCUUCUUCUAUGUGUUGUAUGCCACGGUCUUUGUCCUGGGCGUCUUCGGCAAUGUCCUGGUGUGCUAUGUGGUCCUGCGGAACCGGGCCAUGCAAACGGUGACCAACAUAUUCAUUACCAACCUGGCAUUGUCGGACAUAUUGCUGUGCGUCCUGGCCGUUCCCUUCACGCCGCUCUACACGUUCAUGGGCCGCUGGGCCUUCGGGCGGACUCUCUGCCACCUGGUGUCCUUCGCCCAGGGCUGCAGCAUCUACAUAUCCACGCUGACCCUCACCUCCAUCGCCAUCGACCGGUACUUCGUGAUCAUCUACCCCUUCCAUCCGCGCAUGAAGCUCUCCACCUGCAUCGGGAUCAUCGUGAGCAUCUGGGUGAUAGCCCUCCUGGCCACCGUGCCCUACGGCAUGUACAUGAAGAUGACCAACGAGCUGGUGAACGGAACGCAGGGCGCCGGCAACGAGACUCUGGUGGACGCCACCCUGAUGGCCCUCAACGGCAGCUAUGUGCCGCAGGGGGGCCAGGGUAUGAUGGAGGCGCCGGAUGCCACCACCUCGGCUGCCCAGGCGUACAUGCAGGUGAUGACCGCCGGGACGGGGCCGGAGGAGCUGCCCUACGUCCGGGUGUACUGUGAGGAGAACUGGCCGUCGGAGCAGUACCGGAAGGUGUUCGGAGCCAUCACCACCACUUUGCAGUUCGUGCUGCCCUUCUUCAUCAUCUCCAUCUGCUAUGUGUGGAUCUCCGUGAAGCUGAACCAGAGGGCCCGGGCCAAGCCGGGCUCGAAGUCCUCGAGGCGGGAGGAGGCCGACCGGGACCGGAAGAAGCGCACCAACCGGAUGCUAAUCGCCAUGGUGGGCGUCUUCGGACUCAGCUGGCUGCCCAUCAACGUGGUCAACAUAUUCGACGACUUCGACGACAAGUCCAACGAGUGGCGCUUCUACAUCCUGUUCUUCUUCGUGGCCCACUCGAUCGCCAUGAGCUCUACCUGCUACAACCCCUUCCUCUACGCCUGGCUAAACGAGAACUUCCGCAAGGAGUUCAAGCACGUCCUGCCCUGCUUCAAUCCCUCCAACAACAACAUCAUCAACAUCACCCGCGGCUACAACCGCUCCGACCGCAACACCUGCGGCCCACGGCUGCACCACGGCAAGGGGGAGGGCGGCAGCUGUGGCGGCAGCUUAGACGCCGACGACCAGAACGAGAACGGCAUCACCCAGGAGACAUGCCUGCCCAAGGAGAAGCUGCUGAUAAUACCCCGGGAGCCCACCUACGGCAAUGGAACCGGCGCCGUCUCACCCAUCCUGAGCGGGCGUGGCAUCAACGCCGCCCUCGUCCACGGCGCCGGCGACCAUCAGAUGCACCAGCUCCAGCCGAAGCACCUGCAACAGGUGGAGCUAACGCGGCGCAUCCGGCGGCGGACCGACGAGACGGACGGGGGCGACUACCUGGAUUCCGGAGACGAGCAGACCGUGGAGGUGCGCUUCAGUGAGACGCCGUUCGUCAGCACGGACAACACCACCGGCAUCAGCAUCCUGGAGACCAGCACGAGUCACGGAGGCGACACGGAGUUGAUGCUGGAGCUGGCAGAUGCCAACGGCGGCGGAGGAGGUGCCGGAAGACGAGUCAACUGAGAUAGGAUUUUUGAAACGCAUUUCUAAGCAUUUCCGUGGACGGACUUUUAUUGAAUUUGGUUGGUAAUUCAAGACAACAUAAUGCUGGAACCCUAUUGUACGGAAAAAUGCUGAUAAAUGCCAAAUCGAGUGACAACGAUGUGAGAGGUGGUAAGGCAGAUUGUCUAGCAAUUGGCUGAAACAGCUACACAAGUCAUGGAUAUCAAAUAAGUAUGUAGAAGGAUAUAUAUCUCUGUGUGUAUAUUUUUAUGUGCGUGAGUGUGUGUGGAUGUGGGUGUGACUGAGCCUAAAGCGCCUCUUUAUACUGCUAUUAUUAUACACAUAUUCGUAUAUAUAUAAUUUUCUUUUUACCAAGUCAAGUCGCGGCAAUUGACAAAACAUUUCGCAUAUUCACAAUGCCUGGAAGGGCAAACUGUUUCCUUUGUCGCAUCCAAUUUGUACCUAACAACUGUCAGACAUUUGUCGUUUUUGGUUUGGCUUUCGCCAGUCACAUGGAAUUAAAUUUCGUGCGCCAGUUUUUGGCCCAAUUGUGUGGAAAUAUGUCGACGCAAGGCUCUCCCUUUCCCUGGCCUCCUGUCAAAACAUUGGCUAAAAAAAAUUAUUUGCUCGGCUUCAAAAAAGCAAACAGUGCCACGGUUGAUGGAGUUUCAGAGCUUCCCACCCUCCCGGGACAAAAAAAAAACAUCGAAAACUGGCACUGGUGUAAGCUGACAUUGAUGAGAUUUGCACGGCGAGUAUUCGUCCAUGGAAGCUGACAUUUCCAGGAUCUCUCCAAUGCCUGCAGGCAUUCUCCUAAACUGUAACUAGAUUACCUUUUGGACGCAAGCCCACGACUUUAACCAACUAGUCCUUCAAAAUUCCCUUGAAAAGCAGUGCAGGUCCUAGUGUGCUUCUGUGAGUGAGUGUUUCUUUAAUAAAAUAAUUAACCGUAGCCACUGGCAGGUGUACGCAUAAAAGUAAAACUAUUUUAUGACAAAAUAUUUUAUAGCAAAUAAAAUGUGUCAGGUCUAAGACAGCCAACGAAGGUAUCGUAUUAUAAGUAAGCCGCUCGACAAGCUUGUAAAGUGAGUGUUUCCGGGCAUAGACAUAAACUAUAAAAUAUUAUAUAUCCCUAGGCUUAAAUUUAAUAAAAAAAAAAGUUCUGCUAAGCGCAUCAAAUGCUAAAAACAAACCAGAUUGGAAGAUGGGAUUUUGAAAACUGUAAGCGAAAAAAACCAAAAGUGCUCAGAAGUGUGGUGACCACGAGCCCCGAUUUUUUUGAAAGUUGACUUUCAAAGAAAAGUCACAAGCUCCGGGGUACUUUUGGUUUUUUCGACAAACUUUCACCACAUGUCUCCACUGCGUAUACGUAAUUAUACUUAAUAAUACAAUUUUGUAAUCGAAUAAGAAACUAUUUAAGAAAGACUCUGCUUAGUUUGCAUUGAUGGCUGAGCUGUUUGAAAAUACUCAUUGGAUCGGGCGGCAUAAUGGAUGCAAUUAAAAAUUGCAUAAAUUAAGAAAAGUUCUCAUCAAAGUCUUAGGUAAUUAAUGUUGGAAAAAAGUUGAAACCUAAAAAUAGAUUACAUUUUAAAAUCUUAGCUAAAAUUUAAUGUUGGCUGUUGUAUCAAUGUAUUAUUAAAGAAUAAGAUAAGUUAUUUUAUAAGCGAGAAACGAAAUAUUAAACGAGUAGGUUAUCGCAAUUAUUCAAGGCCCUGAUCAUACCAAAAACUUAAUACUACUCAAGUUAGGAAAGUAAGAAAUACGUAAGCUAAAGAAUAUAGUUAAGGCCUUAAAAGUAAUAAAAAUAUUUAAAUAUUGAACAGAAUUAAAAAUGGUUUAAGAUGAUCGUUGUUGAUUCAACUACCCACUAGUUUAGGGUUGUGUUUGUAGUCUGUAAAAUGUUUUGAAAACCCAAAAACAUAACUUUAAAUUGUUAAAAAAAAACAGAGAUUGCACAAGUGAAUGUCAUUAAAUAAAAAAUUAAAUAAUAUGUAUAUCAAAGUGUGAAAAAAUUAUUCGAUCAACAAUAUUGAAUGUUUGAAACUAAAUGGAAAAUGAUUGACUAACUUUAAUAUCACGAAUGAGCCACAAAAGCCGUCGCAGCUGAGUAUUAAUGUAAACUAUAUUUAUGUAGCCAAAAAAGAAACCAAAAAAGUGUUUUAAAAUACGGAUUACCGACACACGAAAUAAAUAAUGGAUGUUGACAGAA